UGGCAUGCACUGGCAUCUUCCAACUCUGCCGCAUUGCAAACCAUGAGUGGUCGAAAGGGAAGGCCGCCAAAGAGGCAGGUGUGGCUGCUCCUUGAAGAGUGAAGUGUAAAUGAAAGAGAUGCGCAGGUCAACAUGUACUCUCAGGGGUUCGACCUUUUUGGUUCUGGCUGUUCUCAGAGCGCAUGCGUAGAGCGUAGUGGACAGUGGAGCGACUUAUUCUGCGAGGAGGUAUUUAUCGCGUCACCAGCCGCCGCACCGCCGCGCCGCCCACUUGCCGCCUUAAUUUGUGCCUCCUCCCGCCCCUGCAGCGCCCUCAGCAGUGUCACCAUGGCGGCUGUGUACCGGACGGUCAUCAGGAGGCUGGACAGAAUGGUCCCGGCCAAGUUCCAGCCGUUUUGGAACCACCCGGCUGGUCCUAAGACAGUAUUCUUCUGGGCACCGUCUUUUAAGUGGAGCUUAGUGAUUGCUGGCCUUGGUGAUGCAGCUCGGCCUGCAGAAAAGUUGUCUGCUUCCCAGUCCGGUGCCCUGGCUGCCACCGGCACUGUCUGGUCAAGGUACUCCCUGGUGAUCGUCCCAAAAAACUGGUAUCUGUUCAGUGUCAAUGUGUUUGUGGCCGGCACUGGCAUCUUCCAGCUAUGCCGCAUUGCCCACUACGAGUGGUCAAAGGCGAAGGCCCUCAAAGAAUCAUAAAGAACAGGAGUGGCUGCUUAUUGAAGGCUCAGCACAGUGUGGUUGAGGGAAAUGUCAUGAGGAGAGAAGGCAAUAGUUUGUUGUUAAUUAGAAGUGCUCAAACUUGUCAUCAUUGAGAAUAGAGGUGUACAUUAUAAGAUAGUUGUACAUUUAAAACUGAUUUGAAUAUAUAUUUUAAUAAAGUCUUGCAAAAAAAAAUGUCUACUUUUGUUGCCACUUUUCAUUUCAGGUCAGCAGAUCAGAUCAGGUUCAGCAUCUUUGGUUCUGACUGUUCUCAGAGGGACCAUUAAGAAACAUGAUUCCCGCUGCUACCGGGUUAAUUCAAUACUUCUAUUAAUGCCCUUCAAAUAUCUGAUGAACUACAGCAACCCAACCCAAUCAUCCUGGAACACUUACCUGUGGCCAAGUUAGUCAGCAAACUGCUGGUGCUGCAAAAACACAGCAUCUAACCUGAUCGCAACAAACGAAGACAAAGUUAAUGGAAUUUACAAUUAUGUUCAUCCUUAGCUUAUAGAUUAUACCAAAAAUAAUUUGUGUUCUUUCUUGAGAUUUCAAUGGCACUCAAGCCAUUUUCAUUCAGAUGUGCUGCAAAGAAAGAAAAAUAAUGUUAGAAGAAAAACUUACUUUAUUUUUUUAUAUAAAUGUUAUUUAUGAGAUUUAUUAAUUUGGAGGUAGGUUCUGUACAAAUUACCUAAGUGCUUUCCUACCCUCACUGACCUACCCCUAUAAAAGAAAUAGUAAUUCCCAUAACCCUACAGUCCCUUUCCUGGUGCCUUCAUGGUGUAGUGGUUAGCACACCAAGUCACAAACCCAUGGGCCAGGGUUCAAAUCCCAGUUUGAGCAGUCUGCACACAGCCUACCCAGUGGUUCCUCCCCCUUUCAGGCUGGUCAAUGGAGGUAAAAUGUGGCAACCCAGAUAUUGUAUUUGCCCUGUGUCCUGGGCUACAACCUGCCACAGGCUCAAGGGCCAAUGUAACAGAUGAACACAGAGGCCAUGCGCACCUUAGCAUGUUCCCUCAACUUUACAGUCCCUUUUGGUAUUAUUCUACUAUCUUUUGCAGCCUAGGAAAAUCAAAUAAAUGUUUCUCAAGUG